CUCCCUCAGCUGAGCGACCUUCCCAGCCCGUAGUCCCUCCUCAGCUGGACAGGGGAGGAGCGAGCGGGAAGGGGCGGAAGUGCCAACAAGAAGAGCCCGACCCCCGGCCAGCCGAGGCUCGGAGUUCGCUCUUGCACGCACCGCGAGGUGGGAGCCGCAGCGCCUGCGCGCCCUCCAGUGCCCCCGGCGCCGUCCGCCUCUCGGUGCGCGCUUCGGGAAAGCGGCCACAGCAGCGGGCGCCGUCGUCGUCCGAGACACUUAUUUUUUGGAACUCAGUCUUCAUCGCCAAGCACGAUGAACAAUUACAGUGUUUCAUUGGUUGGUCCAGCCCCCUGGGGAUUCAGGCUUCAAGGAGGCAAAGACUUCAACAUGCCUCUGACCAUCUCCCGGUUGAGUGAUGGAGGCAAAGCGGCUAAUGCAAAUGUUGGCAUAGGUGACAUAGUUCUCACCAUUGAUGGGAUAAGUGCAGAUGGCAUGACUCAUCUUGAAGCACAAAACAAGAUCAAGACCUGUACAGGCAAUCUGACUAUGAAUCUGCAAAGAGCACCUGCAGCACCGAAACCUGAUCCUGUUCCUGUGCAGCAGGUAGAGCCUAAGGAGCUAGUUAAGCCUGUGCCCAUUGCAUCUGCAGUCGCACCCAAAGUUUCACCCACAGGCAGCGUGGCCUUCAAUAAGGCCCCAAGGCCGUUUGGGGCUGUGUCAUCCUCCAAGGUCACUUCCAUUCCAUCGCCAUCAUCUGCCUUCACUCCAGCCCAUGCGGGUUUUUCAUCACAUGCUUCCCCGACACCGCUGGCCACUGUCACGCCUCCCCCAUUCACUGCCUCUGGACUGCAUGCUAAUGCCAGAUCUCAUGCUGACCAGCGUUCACCUGUGCUGAGCGCGGCUAAACCUGCAGUUAAUGUCCCAUGGCAGCCCACACACAAUGCAUCCUUGAACACCCCUUCCAACGAAAAUGCGCAGGAAUUGGCAGAGGGGCAACGAAGAGGAGUCAGAGAAAAUGAGGGUGACAAUAAAGAGCAAAAUGGGGGGAAAGGGUCAGGGACCACCCAGUCACGUUCUUUCCGCAUCCUUGCCCAGAUCACUGGCACCGAACACAUGAAAGAGCCUGAACCUGAUAAUACAAAGAAGACAAAGGAAGGUGAAACAGAAAAUGAAGAUCAGAGCAUCUCUGCAGAUUUGACUAACGGGUUAGAGCUGGAUCAUCUACAUUCAGUAGCCACCCAGACUUGUGAAAUUCAAAUAUCUGAUGUGUCAGAACAGCCAACGCCACUGUCACCAGCUCAAAGCAGGGCAGAAACAAAUUCAGCUAGCUCAUUGGUAACAGAUCCAGCUUGUAGCACUUUUUCUUCUACCAAGUUUUCUGGACCUAUUCUCUCUACAACUUCACUGAAGAGAGAACUUUUUUUCAACAAUCCUCUGGAAGCGUUACCCAAGUGUGCACCUCAUCCACCUGCUACUGUUCAUAUUUUAAGCACUAACAGCCAAAUAGCUGUUGUGUCCAAAACAGCAUCAAGUUACGCUAGGUCAAGUAGGAUAAUAACUGGUUCUCCAGAGCUAAACACCACAAAUGCUGCAAAGUUGGGAUUAAAUGAAGAUGGUAAUAAAAGGAACUUUCCCAUGAUAAGUACAGUGGCAACUCAAACCAGUGAGCCACUUGUGUUUCCAGUUGCUCCGGGGGAAGGCAGUUUGACUGUCCAGUCUGUGACUUCUGCAUCGGUGGCUCCACUUACUGGCAGGCAAUUGUCACUGGAAAAUCCAUUAGGAAGUGGUCUAACACUUCUCCCCAUUCCUUCAACUUCACUUCCAAGGGUGGCAUCGUCACAAGCUGCUGCUGCUGUGUCUGCUGCCGUGUCUCUGCGGUACAGACUCUCUGAUCCUAGCACCUACCGUUCUCUCCUGGAUGCCCUUCUCAUUACUCCUAUUAUUAAGCCACCUCCUCCGGAAAGUAGACCAUCAAGGAAAUCAGCAAGUCCUUUGGAAAUGGAAAGGAACUGGCAAUACGAUCCCCUGGAGCCAGCUCAGUAUACUGCUGCCUCAUUAAGGAGUGUGCCUGAAAACCCAGAAAAUGGAGCAGAUAAACUAGUUUCUGCCAAUGCAACAUCUGUACCGGCCAUCAAGCCAACAGGACCUCAGUAUGCUGUAAAAACAUCAGGUUGGCAGUCUUCCAAUCAGCCAGCCACUGGAAGUGGAUGGUCAUCAAACAAUGGUGCAAGACCUGCAGCAUCUGUGCCAGGUGAAAAAAACACUGUACCUCCUUUACCAACAGAUGAAGACUCUCUGGUUCAGAGAGCAGAGCAUAUUCCAGCAGGAAAGCGAACUCCAAUGUGUGCUCAUUGUAAUCAAGUAAUUAGAGGGCCUUUUCUUGUGGCCUUAGGGAAAUCGUGGCAUCCAGAAGAGUUUAAUUGUGCUCACUGCAAAAUCUCUAUGGCUUACAUUGGCUUUGUGGAAGAGAAAGGAGCUCUGUAUUGCGAAGGCUGCUAUGAGAAAUUCUUUGCCCCAGAAUGUUCCCGAUGCCAGCGGAAGAUACUUGGCGAAGUAAUCAAUGCUUUGAAACAAACCUGGCAUGUUUCCUGCUUUGUGUGCGUGGCCUGUCACAAGCCUAUUCGCAACAAUGUUUUCCAUUUGGAAGAUGGUGAUCCUUACUGCGAGACAGACUACUAUGCUCUCUUUGGUACCAUGUGCCAUGGUUGUGAAUUCCCCAUUGAAGCUGGAGACAGAUUCCUGGAAGCUCUGGGAAACACAUGGCAUGAUACCUGCUUUGUGUGUUCGGUGUGCUGUGAGAGCUUAGAGGGCCAGACUUUCUUCUCCAAGAAAGACAAACCACUGUGCAAGAAACACGCUCACUCUGUGAACAUCUAAAACAUUCAAAGUUGCUGAAAUGAACACAAUGACAAGAAGAGAAAGUUAGCCUGUGUGGGUUUUCAGUAGAGUUACUAUAGUAUUUAUGUAGAAAAUUUUAAAUUGUAGAAGAUGUGAGAAGGGAUAGUGCUUAUUGACUUUUCAUGUAAUACAACAGGAGGCAUUUUGCUUGUUAGACAAAAUAAAACAGGCAUUUUCUUUUAAUGAGAGAAAAAUUUCAGGAAUAUCUGGAUUUUUGUUUUUGUUCUUUUUUCAAAUAUAACACAUAAUGCUGUUUCAGUCACUCAUUUUGUAGUUUAAUUUGCCUUACCAGUUAAGCAACACAAACAGUAAAAUGCUUCAUAGAUGCAAGGCAAAUGUAGAAUUGGUUUUCUUGCUGCUUCGUAUAUAAUGGAAAAGAAAGAAGGAAGCAAUUUGAGUGGAAUUCUAGCUUCCCUCUGCUAAUGGAAGGCUUCCACUAGCUUAAAGAAGGAGUAGUGCGAUUUUCAGAUAUAUCACCGUCUCUUGUCCCCUCUGCAUUCUCCCCACUGUCUUUUUCAGGGGGUGCUGUAACCCGUCAAAAUGGUUGGGGGGAUGGAGGAGGAAACGGCAAACUCUGAAACUCAUGUUGGGCUGAAGACCUCUGUUGGUGGAGGGAAAUAUGCUGUAUUCAAUUUUUUAUUUUUUUUUAAAAAAUAUUACUAGUUAUAUUAACCAUAAUGUGGGCAUGAAAGAACAUAUUCAUGUUGUUAAGUAAUUAGAGAGUUUGAAAUAGAUUGCAUAAAUGAUUAUGUAAAACCCCAUUGUUUUCAUUCAUUCUCACAAUAUAGCGUUCCUAUUCAUUUUUCUCUUCAGUGAUAAAGAAGUAAAAAUGUCAUGCAACAAAUAAUGAAAAACUUGAUCAUGCAGAAGACAGCUUUUAUAAGUGUUCAGAAAUAACAGGCAACUUUGUUGCUCCCAAAAUGGAAGAAAUAGAGCUGUAAGUGAUUGAAGGGAUAUAUGUAGAAGGAGGGGAGGUCUAAAUCAGAUACUAUAAGGUUGUAUUUUCAUAUACUUCCACAUAGCAUUGAAAUAUACUUGCACAUCACAUUUCUUUUGGUGUAAGAAUGACAAAAGGGAGAGCUGGCACAUGAAACACCUUCAGUUUUCUUAGACUCGGGACUUCUGUUUCACAAGAAAGCAAAUAAAUACUCAGAUUGUU